GCUUCAUUCCAUCUCCUUUUACUGGUCGCAAACAUUACAACAUCAGCGCCGUAUAUCUUUUUAAUAAUAUUUUUUGUUUACGGUGUUUCGAAAACAAAUAAACAUAUUUUGGUAAAAAACGAAUAUCAGAAUAGGGAACAACAAUAUUUAUAUGAUCUAAAAUAUACGUGAUCACAGAAUGCAAUACGGUAGUGAUAACUAAAUAUGAGAACACAGCCUUUAAGUACAAACGCUUUGGCGCUGACAAUCUUCUAAAUGUAAAGGGGCACACACAAACUGUUUAGAUGUCGUGAGUUGAGUAUGAAACUGUUCUAUCUCCCAAGCCUUUUUAUAAGAGAUAAAGUAAAUUAAUUCUGGCCACGCAUUUAACAUCGUUACAAAGACGCGGUCGUGUUGCCGAUGUUCUGGGGAAUUAUGCUCAAAUCAGCCAAUGGAAUAAAUGAAGUGUAUUCAUUCGGAUCUAGCCGCGGGAAAUUGAAUUUGAAAUGUAUUGGACACUUACAAAUGUCAGUUACAAUAUCUACUGGAUGGUAAACCUGCAUGUGUGAAUACAGCUGUAGAGGAGAGAAGAGAGUUCCUGUUCAACCCAGAUACCACAAGAUAUCUGCAUCUAUGUCUUCGACAAUGUGGGUCUACAAAACCCUGUCGGAUGACGGAUCAAACUUUACAAACAGUUCAGCAAAUGUAGAAUCCUUAGAGGAUCUCAACAAACGUUAUGCAAACGCUCUUCUUCCUCUGACUAUUACAUUUGGAGUGUUUACACUAUUUGGUUUUCUUGGUAAUCUCGUGAUACUAAUUGUAUUUUCAUUAAGCCGUGAGUACAGAAGGAAUAAUUUCAAAGUGUUUGUACUGACGUUGACUGUUAUAGAUCUUAUAACCUGUAUGACCCUCAUACCUGCGGAGAUUGUCAAACAAAGAAACUUUUUUGAAUUCGAAAACGCAUUACAGUGCAAAUUUAAGUGCUUCUUUAAUGUAUUCGGAGCCUCGUCUUCAUGUCUGGCAUUACUCGUUAUUUCUGUGGAUCGCUUUCGAAAGGUGGUGCAGCCAUUUAAGAAACAACUGACCCCUAAAUUGGCGGUGAAAGUUCUAAUUGGAGUUGCAAUAGUAUUUCCGAUAUGUCUUGCAAUUCCAGGUACUAUCAUGUGUGGUAUUAACACAAAGACGAUUGUGAAUAAAUACGGAACGAACACAACUAUUCAUCUAUGUGAAACAGAAGAAAGGUUUGAGGCAUCAGUAUGGAGAAGUAUUUACAAAUGGAUAUUCAUAUUAUCACUCGGUGGUAUCUCUCUGGCAUACAUAAUCCUGUAUACAUUUGUUAUGCAAGCUGCAGCAAAACAGAUCAAAGCUAUUUCAUUGCAGCGGAACAACUCUUCAUUUGAUUGUGCAAGAACUUCCGGUAUCUUUGAUCCGAACAAUGAGAGUAUAGAACCAACUAACGACCUAUCUAUGAGAAAGGAAAACAACAGCAUAAGUGACAUCCAAAAUGGGGUCAAUGGCAAACACUAUGUGACGCAGUGCAGUGGACGAAGUCAUAAACGUCAUACGCCAAUGCUACAACGACAUGGUUUUCCAACAAAGACAAUAAUUUGGUUCAUAUUGACUAUUGUCUUUAUAGUGACGUACUUAACGCAUAUUAUUUUGUCAUUAAGAGUGGGGAAAAUAGUUAGAAUGGAACCCGAAGAAUUUGCUUCAUUCUCUUUUUUCUUCAGGAUUUAUUUUGUUAAUCAUAUGAUUAAUCCGCUUGUGUAUGCUAUAUUUGUGAAGAGGUUUAGAGAAUCUUGUAGAAAUAUUGGUCCACUUGUAAUGGAAAAACUAUCACAACUUCUUUGCUGAUUGUGUUUUCGACAAGGUAAACGUGUUGUAAAGUUAUUUCACCCAAUAAUAUGUAAUCAAUUCUGAGCUUGAUGACUACAAGUCCUCAAAUGAAUCAAUUUGACGCGGAGUAAAUUUACCGGUUUUCUUGUAUCGGAUAACUUUUACAAUAAAAUUAUGUACGACACGUUUAAACGCGUUGUCAACUUUCUUUACGUUUUUGCUGGCUUUUCAUGAGGUAAGAAAAUUCGUUAUGCUGUUCUAACCUUCUUGCUUAAUGUACAAUUAACGUGUAUAUUUUCUAGCAAGUUUAAGUUUGAGUUUCCCGUAAUAUCUCAAUUAUUUCGGAAAUCAACUGCAACUUAUUAGGAGGCCCUUAUGUAUUACAGUCACUUGACUGUGUCUACCACAUGUUAAUUGCUUUGUUUUGCAGCGUAUGAUUAUUUUUCCACUCGAUUAGUCAAUUGUGAAGAUUUUGUUUCCGCUGAAGUGUUUUGCAAUAUGAAAAUAUUUUACAGUAUUAUAACGUAAGUUGGUGUGUUGAAAUGUUAAAGCUAUACAAUUGAUUGAUACUGAUCACAAACAAAACCAAAAUCGCUACAACCAAAUUAAAUUUUUGAGUUUUCAAUUACAUUUAAAGUUUUAGAUUACAAUAUACACCAUCAGCAAAUCUUCGUUAACAUAAAACAUGCACUUAAACUUAUAUAUUGCUUUAAUGUACAUUGUACUUAACAAAGGUACUUUAUUAAGACAUUUAAAGGAUUAUUUUUCGAAAAUAAUUGCACUGGUAUAAUUUUUUUUUAAUGUUUUAACUUACUAAUUAAAGAUUACUUUUGCAAAUUGAUUGUUAUGGCAUAUUGAAAUAAUAAUAAUAAUUUUAUAUUUAUCAAGAUAAUGUAACGAAGCCAUUGGUUGUUACCUUGUAUACGUUGUAAUAGAGUUCUGUCUCUAUCAGUAGUGGAUAGGAUAUUGUACACUUGCAAUAAAUAUCGGCAAAACCAC